GUGUUAUUACCGGGUGAUAUCAGGAGCCGCUUAUACCGCUCACCCCGCUAUUUCCUCUCUUGCUGCCCCCCCCCCCCUCUCCCAUACACCACGUGACCUCAGCGGCUGCCGGGACCGCGGGGGAUUAUUUGCGCGCCACAUCUGCAGCCGGGGAAGUGGUUAAUUCUGCGGCUCAUGGAAAAUUCGGAGAAAAGUAAGAAAAUGAAAACUAAACUUAAAAAGAAGGAAUCCAGACACAACAAGACGAGCGACAACCCCAAAUGGGAGACAGAAAACGUAACCCUAUGUGGUGAGGAAGGACAAGACUCAAAUAUAAUCAGCGACUCCUCCAUCAAAUCAAGGAAGAGGACCCCCACAGAGUCCGAUGAGAACCGCCCCCCACGGGGGGAGAAGGCUGCCAGAAAUACUCGUGAGGUACCUGACCCUUCAGGGUCCCCUCAAAAAAAGACUAAAAAGAAAAAAAAGAAGAAGCCCCCCAGUGUCCAGUCAGUGGAAGGUUCUGAUCCGCUCCAUAGAUCCGCUCCGGAGACAAUCAGUAGAAAUGUAAAGACCCCCAAUGACCCGAAAUACAAGACCAAGUCAAAAAGUGAGGAUGGAACCAGUCAAUGGAGAAGACAACCACUGGCCUUCCAUAGAAGCAACGUUCUCAUGAUGACCAGUACCCCAAGGUCUUCCCCAAUCGCUCCCCCCAAGACCAAAAGGGACAAUGGCCAAAUCGAGGACAUGAAUGGCAUCUCUGACCAAAGUCAAGACCUCUUCAUUACGCAGAAGAAGUUUGUGUUGUCCCAUUGUACCUGCGAAGACUCCCCACCCCUCGGCCAGGAGCAACACAACGGCGUACGGGACUGGUUGGGAAACCAACAGCCCCACCAUGGGACCCACCUGCUGUCCCAGCUCUCCUGUCUCAGACACAACAGUGUUGGCCUCUCCAGCAUUGAAAGCAACCAACAAGUAACCUUAAAGGAGAACUCCACUCAGACUGAGGUCAGCUUUACCUACCUGGCCCUGAUGAGCCUCAUGAAGAAAGCCAAAGUGUUGGAGCCAUGCUCAGAGGAGGCCCUAGAUCUGUCUCUACCAUCUCGCAUUCGAGCCAAGAAGGCCGCCUUGAGUCCCGGUAAUGACGUCAUCAUAGUAGAGUCCCAGUCGACCUCCGCGGACUUCAAGGACUCCAGGAAAAACAAUAUUAAAUUCUGCUUCAGUCCCGUGCAAAGGGCAGACGAAACCAAGUUUGUCCAGACGGUCCUGAACACCUCCUAUUUCUUCAAAGGUAAAGGGGAUCCCGGUGAGGCCAGCCCCCCGAUUCCACCAAUACUCAAAAUGAAGGAAAAACCCAAGAAAAAAUGUAGGAGAUCCAAAGUUCACGUCAAAAAAGAAGCCAAAGCCACCUGAGGCCUGGACUAGGAGGGUGUUUUCUUGUUACUAUUAUUAGACUUUAUAGGAAAAGCUUCCAACAAGUUGCAAAUUUUGCCAAAAUGUUACAGUCUGGAGACUUUGAUUUACAGAUAUACAGAGAAAUACGGUUCGGUUUCUAACUAGCAAGUUUGGUUGUUCUUUUGGAUAAUAAGAUGAGAUGUACCUUUUGUUGUGGAUACAAAUAUAUAAUGUCUGCAGCUUCAUAUCAAAUUGACCAUGUUUUUAUAUAUUUAAGAAACAUUAAUAAAAAUAAUGUU